CACUAACAGGCCUGGGGUUCACUGUAACUUCUGGAAACAGAGGUUGUGAGAAGAACUCUAGAUAGAUUGGUCACCCACCCAGGAGAGGUCAGCCUCCAUGGAAGACCCGGACGAAGUCCCAUCAGUGAAGGGGAUCCCUUUCAUUCAGAAAAUCCAUAAUGUGGAGGCAAUCGAAAAAAUGUACGAUGAGUUUGAGGUUCGGGACAAAGAUGUCAUCAUAAUGACCUACCCCAAGUCAGGAACCCACUGGAUGAUAGAUAUCAUCAGUCUGAUCUACUCCAAUGGGGACCCCAGUUGGAUCAAAUCUGUCCCUGCUUGGAAACGCUUUCCCUGGAUAGAAAUGAAAAAUGGCUUUGAAUUAAUCAAGAAUAAGGAAGACCCAAGGUUCUUGACUUCCCAUCUUCCAGUCCAUCUUUUCCCUAAAUCCUAUUUUAGCAGCAAGGCCAAAAUGAUUUAUAUUGCCAGGAAUCCAAGGGAUGUCAUCGUAUCUUAUUACCAUUUCAUCAAUCCCUUUGCACUUGAUAGCUCAUGGUCAGCUUUUGAAAAUUUCUUUGAGAGCUUCCUGCGAGGAAAUGUAGUGUAUGGGUCCUGGUUUGAUCACAUCAAAGGAUGGCUGUCCAUGAGAAAUUCAGAGAAGUUCUUGUUCCUAACUUAUGAGGAACUUCAUCAGGAUCUCAAGGUCAGUGUGGAGAAGAUUUGUAGAUUCCUGAGAAAAAAGUUGAGUGAGGAAGAAAUAAGCUCAGUCUUAGAGAAUGCCUCCUUUCAAGUUAUGGAAAAACAUAGACUGGAAAACAAUGAGUCAAUUGAAUAUCUGCGACGUAACCAAGUGGUGCUGAUGAGAAAAGGAAUCUGUGGAGAGUGGAAAAAUUAUUUCACAGUGGCCCAGAUGGAAACAUUCAACAAGCUAUACCAAGAGAAGAUGGAAGGGUUGGACCAGGACCUGUUCCCAUGGAAUCAAUGCUGAAGUCAACUGUGAAAUUUUUGUUGUGCUCUAAUUUGUUCAUAUUUGAUCUUCAAAUAAGAAAUAAUUCUUCCUCUUCCUCCCUAGCCCUGUUCCCCUACUUUCUCUCCUCUCUUUCUUUUCCUCUCCUCUCCUCUCCCCUUCUUCUCUCUCCUCCUCUCCUUUCCUUUCUUCUCCUCUCCUUUUCUCUCCUUUUUUCUUCUCUUCUUGCUAUAAUUUGCACAAAGAAAAGUAAUAUUAGAGGCUCAGGACAUCCAUAAUUCUUUCCAGAGGAAAACCUCCAGUGUGAUUCCAUUACUCAUCAUGUUAAUGCUAUCCUUGACAAUCACGCUUUGGACGUUGGGGGAUGUUCUUUGUAAUGCUAUGACUUUGAGUGUUUCAAACAAAAAUGAAUGUUGAAUGUUGUAGGCUUUUCCUAUCUAUUGAUAUAAUGGUUAUUAUAAUCAUUUAUUAAUAAAUUAUGUUGAGAUUAUAUAAUGUUAAAGUCAUCUCCCCCAAAUAAUUAUAAUAAAUCCGAUCUGGUCAUGGUGAA